UCGCGCCACUUGGCGGGAGAGAUUCGAAGUUGAGGGAAAACACGGCGGCGCCGAAGUACAGUAGCGUAACACACUGUAUACUAUUCAUGUUGCAACACGCACAAUUCAAGUAGACUUCUACAUGUAGAUUUAGACUGCUGCAAUCGAACUUUUCAUUGGACGUACGUGUUGCCUGAUUCUAAGCUGAGAAUAGUGAGAUUCUGGAAGUUGCUGGUGUCAAAUAAAGAGCAAUUUGUACUACUACUAGUCUAACAAUUAGUCAAAAUGAAUAAUUUGCUUUCCAGAGGGGCCAUUGCGGCCAUUUUCAGAGGAGAAAAUGUCAGUUGCCCUGUGUUACAGCUUUUGGCAUGUAAGAAGAUGAAUGCUGCCGCCAGUGGCAAAGCUGUGGAUCGUUACAGGCUUAUGCUUUCAGAUGGAGAACACACAUGCACAGCUAUGUUGGCUACACAACUCAACGAGAUGGUUUCCACUGGAGAGCUAGAUGUCAAAGCCGCCAUGAAACUCAAGAACUACUCCUGUAAUCCAAUAGCCAACGACAGGCGAGUCAUUGUCGUUUUAGACCUGGAUAUUGUGAAGAAGGGAAGUGAGAUUGGUGUGUCAAUCGGUGACCCUACACCAAUGAGAGCUCCGGGGCAGGGAGGAGGACCUGCGCCAGCACAGCAGCAGUCUAGACCGGAUAGUACAGUGAGCCAUGAUCCACCUCAGACUGCGAGACCCACCAGCUAUGGUACAGGAGCAGCCCCGGCUAGCGCAACGCCCAACAAACAAGGGACAUUCUACGGUCAAUCAAACUCGGCCAUGGGUGGUAGUACCACGUCACCCAAGAAGGUCCAGCCCAUCUCCAGUCUAACCCCAUACCAAAAUAGAUGGACCAUCAAGGCUCGUGUGACCAACAAGACGGCCAUCCGUACCUGGAGCAAUGCCCGUGGUGAGGGUAAGCUCUUCUCCAUGGAUCUCCUAGAUCAGUCCGGUGAGAUCCGCUGUACUGCCUUCAAGGACAUGGUGGAUAAAUACUAUGAGAUGAUAGAGAUUGGAAAGGUCUACUUCGUAUCUCGAGGCACCCUGAAGCCCGCCAAUCGUCAGUACACCUCCAUCAAUAAUGACUAUGAGCUUACCUUCAACAAUGAUACGAUGGUAGAGCCCUGUGUGGAGGAAGAUGUGUCCAUUCCAGCUGUUCAGUUUGACUUCAAGAGCAUCUCUCAUCUUGAGGACACGCCCGAGGAUUCCAUGAUAGAUGUGAUUGGAGUGUGUAAGAGUACGAGUGACCUGACAGCAGUGACCAUCAAGUCGUCUAAUCGAGAGGUCAACAAGAGGUCAUUACAGCUGGUCGAUGAUUCUCAGAAGGAGGUUUCUCUGACCCUGUGGGGCAAGGAGGCUGAGGACUUUGAUGGUUCAGGAAACCCCGUGAUCGCUGUGAAGGGAGCUCGUCUGUCUGGCUUCGGAGGAAGAUCUCUGUCGGUCCUGCAGAAUAGUAUUUUCCAGGUCAAUCCUGACAUCCCCAAAGCACAUCAUCUCAAAGGAUGGUUUGACAGCGAGGGUCACUCCCAGGAUUCCCAGUCCAUCUCCACUAGACAGGGAUCAGGAGGCGGAGGAGGAGCUAACACAAACUGGAUGACAUUCCAUGAUGUACAUGCACAGAACCUAGGCCAAGGUGAAAAGCCUGAUUAUUUCACAGUGAAGGGCACCAUACUGUUUGUCCGGAAGGAGAACUGCAUGUACAUGGCCUGUCCGUCGGCUGAGUGUAACAAGAAGGUCUCUGAGAACGGAGAUGGGUCGUACAGAUGUGAGAAGUGUUCCAAAGACUAUGAAAAUUUCAAGUAUAGACUCCUGCUUUCUGCUAAUGUUGCAGACUCCACAGACAACCAAUGGGCGACCUGCUUUCAGGAGACAGCAGAACAGCUCCUUUUAAAAUCAGCACAGGAACUGGGUAGUCUCAAAGAUCAGGGUGAGGCGACAGAAAAGGAAUUUAAUCAGGUCUUCCAAGAUGCUUGCUUCAUUGAUUACAUGUUCAGGAUGAGGAUCAAGAUGGAAACUUAUAAUGAGGAAGCCCGUCUGAAGUGCACCUGCGUCAGCGCUCAACCCAUUAACGUGCGGGAUUACACCAACAAACUGAUCAAAGAUAUCAGACUCAUGGCCUCUGCUUAGCGGACCAACAGAGGGCGGCAUAGUAUUCCACCAACCACUACAGUAUAGAUAUCAUGACAGUGUAGAGAUAUGUCCACAAUCGAAAUUGCUGGAAGAAAACCGUCUACAUUUUAAAACCCCAAAAUAUCUUUGACUUCGUUGAAAACUAACCAAUUACCUUGUCAGCAUUCUUUUACUUUUUGAUGUCCUUGUAAUGUUGUGUAUCAAAUGUUUGUUGCCAGAUCUUUCUUAUUCGACAGUUUUCUGAUUUGAACGUUUUCUGAAUUGAAAUGGUUAGAACAAUGAUCAAAGCAAUAAAAGGUCUAAUAAAAGGAUGUAUUUAUUUGGAGCACUACAUGUACUGGCGUAACAUUCAGAAUCUCAUUGUAAAAGGAAGAGAAUAUAAUGGGUGUGAGGUCCUCUAUGAACUUUGCAUUAUUAAUUUUCCACUUCUCCAAUAUGAUUCUGACAAAAUCAUCAACUAGUCCUACCAGUUUAACAGAACCUCAAGUUUGAUAAAUGUUCUUGCUCCCAAUUACAUGAUUUUUUAAAACACUAACGCCUUACAGUCACUAAAAUAAUGGCUGUUACUAUAUCAAGCAUACCGUUAUUAUAACCGUAAGGCUGGUUAAAAAUGAUGGCGCAAAAAAAGCUGCUGAAUUUUUUGUAAGUUAAAUGGCAACUGUACACAGCAAAGGUCCUGCACGUAUUCACUGAUCUCUGUGUUAUAAGAUACAGAAAUGUGACGCAUGUGACACUUUAUAUCGUUCAUUAUAUAUAUGAACAGCUGUAGUGUUGCCUAUAAGAGAAGGUGCCUUUGUCUGAAAGUCGUUGAGUUAAUUGAGGACAAAUGUGCUUAGCACUUGCAAGGUUUCGAAGAACAAUUUCACAGUAGUACUUAAUUAAUUUGACGUCAUUCCGUUGCCGGAGAUUAAAUGACUGCAAGAUCAUGUUUUGAACCACUUCAGAGCAAUACGAAUUAACAGGUCAUAAGUGCUCCCCAAUAUGUUGUAUAUUCAAUAGAAUAUUCAGACAUUGUAUCAUGGACGUAGUAACUUGAUACCUGAAAACUCUACUGACAUUUCACAUACAGGUAUAUAUCUUUGUUGUACUUGGUCUUGAACCCCAAUGAACUAGUUCUUAUCUAAAGAUUCCUACAUCUAUUUUAACAUUUUGGCAAUUGUAAAAUCAUUCCUCAAGAAAGUAAUUCAAUGGCAUUUUGAUUGAAGUACUAGCAAUCAAUAAUGGACUGUAAAUGUAGUGUACAGUAACAGUUUAUGAUACGUAUUUCAUACGGGCUGUCUGAAGAAAGAUAAAUCGGACUGUUUUAUUUCAUAUUACGUGUAUAUCUAGAAUGUAUUAGGAAAGCUCAGUGCCUUUUUGGUCACCUUAUUUUGCUGCCAUCGAAGAGAGAAGAAAAAAAAAAUCAGAAAAUGCAUAUUUUAAGUACAAUAAUUAAUGCACACAUGUAAACCACAAAUGUCUUCUUUUCUGCUGUAUUUAAAAGGGUUGUAUUGAGAGAAAGAUGAAAGUAUAAGCAACAUAUAUUUUAUACAAAGCUUGAAACGAUCCGGCAAAUUUAAUCUGAAGUUCUGGUUGUAUCUUUAAGUCUUUUCUUUUAUGAGCUAAUAUUUUGUUUCUCUCUUUGUCUUUAAGAUGUAAAUCCUGUGUAUAUAUCUCCCUUAAAAUCAAACUUUUCUUUCUGUUUGUAGAGAUGAUAAAGUUCUCCACAUGUUGUUCCGUUUCUUUGCCCAAUGUACAGUCACAAAUGAGGUCAAAUAUUCCUAGAAUAAAUACAAAAUCCAUUUAAUCCUAGGAUUAAUACUUGAUCCAUUAUAUCCACAUUAACAUCUUUGGUGUGUAAUAAAACUGGUUACGACUAAGCAUAAAGCCCUUGGCCAUAUGUGAACAGAACUUGUAACCAAAUUUGAACAAUGGUGUUGUUCCUGCAGAUCCACAAGGUAUGUGCAUCAAUAUCUCAGGACAAAAGCCCUCACUCACGAAGCAAAUCCUGGGCGACAACCAACCUAUUCGACUCACAGCAAAGUGCUGCUGAUCUUUGAUUCUUACAGAGGAAAAACAAGAAGAAAAGUUGUAAAAUUGGUUGACUUUAGCAAUGGUUCACUGUGGUGCAAGAUGUGUUUUCAGGCAUCUUCCAUCAUAUGUUUAUUUACUUAUUUAUACCAUAGAAUUCAAUUCAGAUCUUUCUUUUAAAUUUGUUCUUCAAAAUGCUUCUCUGUUACACACUUUACCAAGCAUCCAAUUACAUUUACUAGUAGUAUGCUAUCCUUCUAAGUUGAUGAUUAUUACUUACCAAAUGAAACAAGCAUGUCAUCAAGACCAUGUAUAAUAUCACAUGUGGUGAUAAACUGUGGCUCAAAAUACAGUCUGUUUCUGUAUUAAUUCUCUAUGUUAAUAAAAUGUUUUUGAAAGAAAAA